GGAGAUGUUUGUACUUAGGUAUGGCUUUGAAUUCGAGAAAUCUACAAAACUUGCGGUCUUCUCUUCUAUCGGGUGAAAUACUAGAUACCUAGGCUGCAUCAAUGGGAUCGCAAUGGAAUGAGAGGCCUCCCAUGGUUUACAGAGUUCUACAGAACUUUUCUCAUUUUGAAAGGGGUUUACGAGUCUACUACUUCCCUCACCAACUUCUCAACACCACGAGCAUCAGAUCAGUUAAAGGGGCAACGGGCAAAUUAGCCCUCUAGCAAAUCAAACCCACCGAGCAAAACUCAGCUUAUACUCCCCUCCCUAAAAUCAUAUUCCCCCCGCUGCCCACGUUCCACCCCAUCAGCGGAAGUUCGAGAUCGUGUAUGGCCCCCUCCCCACCUACGUGCCAUCCAUACGACUUUGCUAGCUCGGGGGGGCCCCCCUGGAGCUAGGCGAACAUACCUACCUAGCUAUCACCUAGCUUAGAACUCCGAAUCGGCCGUGUCGUCGCAUCUGUCGUCUUUCCUAGGUGUGUACACGUUUCCCUUGCCAAUCUCGAAAGCCAUCGGGAACUUUAGAUCCUUCGCUCUGAAUGCUCGCUGUCGGCCCGUGCCUUCUCUCCCUUUUUUUGGUACUUUUGGGGUGCUAUCAUACGUUUUUUUUUCGCCAUCGCCAAGGUCCGGGCGUUGGCAAACAUCGAAAAGGUCCGCGUAAGACUGGCAGCUCAGUGUAUCUGCCGCGAAACGCCGAAUCCUACGGUAUCGGGGUACGGUCGGCGACCGGGGGUGAUGGCUUUCAGAUCAGAUCAACAGAUAGUUUUCGCCUCGAACCUUUUCUACGGCCGUCACGGCAUGGCGCGUCGGUUAGUGGUAAGGGGGACGGGAUGGAUGUGUGGGAGAGAAUAUUGGUGGGAGAUCGUUAUGUGGGGAGCGUAUAGGGAGCUAGGUCUCGUAGGGAGGGUUAUUGUAUGGUAACGCUCGAUGGCAGGUUACCUACCUAAGGUAGGAGUGGUAUAGGCUAGGUACGAAUGGUAGGCUAGAUGUGUGCGCAGAUGUAGGGGAGUUAUGUAUGUAUGUAUGUAGGUAGCCCUACGUAUCAUACAGAUAGUGGCGGAGCCAAUACUGUAACUUAGGACGUUGUAACUCGGACCUGUGACUAUAGAAAUUUCUUUCUUUUUCAUUCCUCGGAGCUAUCUACCGGUCUUCAUGGAGGGGGGAAGUCGAUUUUCGUUUCAGAUCGAGAGAGGACCGUGCUUGUCUGUUACCUAGCUAGCUAGCUAUUUAUAGAUUCUAGACCCGAGCAAUGGAUCUGGGCCGGGAAAGGGGGUAGUUAUCUAGAUGAUCUUUCGUUGGCUGCUUCGUUGGCCGUGGCGAAGAGGAGAUAGGACAGUCGAGUGUUGUUGGGGGAGAGGAGUUGAGGAGAUGAUGAUGAAUAGAAUACCUAGGUAGGCAUCGAUCGAGAGGCCAGAAACUAGACCGACAUGAAUAGCUAGGUAGUGAAUGAAACGCUGGGCCUACGUGCUCGACAUGUUACAUGGCCGGAGGACUCGUGUUCAACAAAUUUCCUUCGUGCAGGUGAAAAGCGUCUCUUACUUGCAGG